UAAUCAGGCAACACGCAUUUCUGUUUUCUUUUUGUCACAAGUUUCUGAACCUGUUUUAAUUGAAAAUACUGAAUAAAAGUAACAAUAAUUAUGCUUAAAUUAUAGUUAUAUAUUGUUAUUUACAUUUAUUGUUUUAAAGUUGUUUAGUUUUAUAUUAUACCAUAAUUUUGUUAUAUGAAUAUUGUUACAACAUAUCUUUGAGGUUAUGUCUCAGUCUGCAGUAAAACCACCAGGUAAAAGCUGGCGUGAAAUAAAUCAAGAAAGAAAAGCGUUGAAACGCCAUCGUAAUGAGGAGAAAAUUAUUAAACGUGAGAAGAAAUUGGCUUUAGAAAAGGAAACAGAGUUAAAGUGUAAAGAGGAAACUGACAAGGAAAAGAAGUAUUCAGAAAUUUCAACAAUCAGCAUAGCUGUACCAGGGUCUAUACUUGAAAAUGCUCAGUCAGCCGAGCUGCGAACUUAUUUGGCUGGUCAGAUUGCCCGAGCCGCUUGUGUGUUUUGUGUUGAUGAAGUAAUUGUUUAUGAUGAUAUUGGUGACAAGCUUGAUACUAAAAAGUCUAAACUGGAAGAUGUGGAUGGCGUAAAAGUAGCUCGUAAGAGUUGUGUACAAUUAGCACGUAUUCUACAAUAUCUGGAAUGUCCACAAUACUUAAGGAAACACUUUUUCCCAUUACACAAAGAUUUAGAAUUUGCAGGCCUUUUAAAUCCGUUAGAUGCACCUCAUCAUUUAAGAAUGUCAAAUGAUUUUAAAUUUAGAGAAGGAAUUACCAUGAACAAAAAGGUAAAGCCAGGCAGAGGGUCACAAGUCAAUGUUGGGUUACUUCAGGAUGUCUCUACUGAUAAAUUAUUGAAUGCUGGUAUUAGAGUUACUGUAAGAAUGUUACCUACAGCAGAAGGAAGUAAGAAAGUUAAGGGCAAAAUAGUCAGUCUUACAACACCAAGAGCCGAGACUGGGGUCUACUGGGGUUAUACAGUCAGGAUUGCAAGUUGUUUAGGACAAGUGUUUACACAGUCACCAUAUAAAGAUGGGUAUGAUCUAACUAUUGGUACUUCAGAUAAAGGAACAGAUAUAGAUGAUCUACCUACCAAUGACUUGAGUUAUAAUCAUGCUUUGGUAGUUUUCGGUGGUUUACAUGGUAUUGAAGCUGCAUUGGAAAGUGAUGAGCAGUUGCAAGUAGAUGAAGCCCAUUUACUCUUCAACCAUUACAUUAAUGUACUACCUAACCAAGGAUCUAGAACAAUUAGGACAGAAGAAGCUGUACUUGUAGCUCUGUCUGGUUUAAGAACUAAACUUAAAGCUAAUAAUAAACCUAUGGUUUUUAAUGAAACUGGUAUUGCUAGCAGUUCAACAUUUCCAUUAUCAAAAUCUGAUAAUACAAAUAACUGUGUAGACAUAGGGAUAGAUUUAAGUAAAUUUGAUUAAAGUAUAUUUAAGAAAAUAUAUUUUUAUUGCUCAAUUUUCCUUAUAGUUAUUGUUUUGGAAGACAAUAUUACAAUUAUGUAUGCAACAAACA